AAUCGAGUCCGCGUGAGUCCGCGUAACUCAAACACGGAGACAUAUUUGACUGGUUUUCAUCACAACACUGCUGUCAGCGUCUUUCCAAGAUGUUUUCUUCGAGACAUUUGCUCAAUGCAAGGUGGAGGCACUCUCUGACCCAGCAUUUUUUCACACCUAGAAGGAAUCAUUCGUAUGGUCAAAUUGUCGUGUCUGAAGAAGUCCACGACGCCAUUCAGAACAGGCAUCCUGUAGUCGCACUUGAAAGCACAAUCGUCACGCAUGGAAUGCCUUUUCCUGAAAACCUCAGAACAGCACAAGAGGUUGAAGCACAAGUUCGUACUAACGGUGCCAUCCCUGCCACUGUGGGGAUAUACAAAGGAAAAGUUCAUGUUGGGACACGUCAUGCGCUUCUCGAAUCACUGGCCAGGGAGAGCGCCGACUGCACAAAAGUGUCGCGAAGAGACCUCCCAGUUGUACUUGCAAAGGGCCUGAACGGAGGGACGACAGUCUCUGCUACGAUGGCAAUUUGUCACAAAGUCGGGAUUCCCAUCUUCGUCACAGGAGGCAUCGGAGGCGUCCACAGGGGAGGAGAAUGCACGUUAGACAUCAGUGCGGACUUGACUGAGCUGGGCAGAACGCCCAUUACUGUCGUCUCUGCUGGUAUCAAAUCGAUCCUCGACAUCGGACGUACCCUGGAGUUCCUGGAGACACAGGGAGUGUGCGUUAUGACAUAUGGCCGUGAAAGGGAGUUCCCGUCAUUUUUUACGUCUCGAAGUGGACACCAGUCCCCCUGGAACGUGAAGGACCCGGAAGAAGCUGCUUCAGUUAUUGUCAACCGGGACUCUCUGCUGCUCAAGUCUGGAGUCUUGAUAGCUGUACCAAUCCCGGAAGAUUCAGAAGCAGAUGGCAGACUUGUGGAGGCAGCUAUCAACUCAGCGCUUGAAGAAGCUCGGGCUGAGGGUAUUGCUGGAAAUGCUGUCACCCCGUACAUUCUCAAGCGCGUCAACGAGCUCACCCACGGUGCAUCUCUACGAGCAAAUAUUGCAUUGAUAAAAAACAACGCGUCCGUGGGUGCUACAAUAGCAGUCGCACUAGCCAGGAGCCAAGGCUCAGGCCAGGAGCACCAAAAAGGAAGUGCUGCGCUGCUGAAGACGCCGUCUAGCUGUGAUGGAAGAGGACAACCAGUUGUCAUUGGUGGGUCAAACGUGGACAUCAUUGCUCAAGUGACAGAAGACAGCGUAAAGUUGGAUGGAAGUACACACGCCGGAAUGGUCCGCCGUGCAUUCGGCGGUGUGGGACGCAACCUGGCCGAUUGCAUGAGUCGACUGCUGGGUUCUCCAGGGGCACUACUGGUAUCUGCCGUUGGAAAAGACGCUCUCGGGGCUGAUCUGCUAGCUAACAACUCUCACAUAGACCUGCGUGGUGUGGCACAGAUACCUCAUUGUCGAACUGCAUCCUAUAUCUGCAUGUUGGACAAUGGUGGCAAUUGCAAAAUAGGCAUUGGUGACAUGCAAAUCCACAAGGAGAUUACUGUACAACAGGUUAAAAGAAACGAGGCCCAUAUUUUGUGUGCUCCAAUGAUUGCACUUGAUGGCAAUAUUCCAACAGAAACAUUAGAUUAUGUGGUCAACAUGUGUCUGGACAAGAAGAUUCCAGUGUGGUACGAACCGACAGAUAUACGCCAGGCCGUGAAACCUUUUCUGCACUCGUCUGACACCUGGAAGGGUCUCUCGUACAUCACGCCGAACUUGCAGGAACUUCGAGUUAUUUACAGACUAGUGGCUGCUGCUGAUGACACCAAUGACGAUGUUGCUUCAGAAACCAUAGCAGAAGCUGUUCUCAUCGACGAAGCUCUUCGCUUGAGUCUUCCCCUGAUGCAUCAUCUGCUCGGUGUUCUGGUUACGAUGGGUCAACACGGUGCCGUGUUCAUUACGAGGAAGCACCUUCAAUCAGAUGAGGUGGAAGCCUUUCAUUAUCCCAUCACAAAGGGCAAUGGAACCAUGUGCAGUGUUUCAGGAGCCGGAGAUUGUCUAGCUGCUGCUGUCAUGUGCGGCCUUUUGGUGGGACUUGACAAGCAUCGUAGCAUGCAGGUGGCUCUGAAAGCGGCCUCCUUGUCGGUGAAGUCGCAUGACACUGUGCCAGACACCAUACAGCCAUCCACCCUGAGCAUGCAGACCAACGAAUGCCUAGUGCCUACCAGACUUACCAUUCCUACGCGUGUCUUGUAACUACCGCUGGAGCAGUUCGAAUGCUGCUUGCUUGCAGAUGCGUUGUCUCUUUGUUUUGUCAUGCAAAGAAUAAUCCACAUUCAUCGAAAUAGAACGAAAAACGUUAUUUUGUA